AUGUCGUCAACCAACUCUACAAUAAGGAUUCUGGAUCUCAGCUUUUUAAAAAUGGUAUGUAUUAGAAUCUAAUCCUAGGGUUUGAACGGUGAUCUUUUAUAACUCAAAAGUGUGUUUUAGUUAUUUCAUUCAUCAUUGCAGUUGCUUUCUUGCAGUUGAGUUACUCUGAAGUCUUUGGCGAGACUGGUGCCAUUGAAAACCUGAAUCAGGGAAGGAAGUGGGAUUGUACAGUAGGUAUGUGUGGUAUUUCUUUUACUUGAAAAGUAUUUGUGGCAUAAAUUCUUAGAUGUUAAAAUUUACCGCCGUUUUUUUCCCUAUGGUGCUGUUUUGAAUAUUCUGUGUGCGAUUAGGCUUAAAGAGAUUAAUGUAGCCCUGACCGGGAUGAAUGCUAAGUGAAUUCAUGACAUCUUCGACAACGUAGCAUUUGAAAUUUACAGCUAGCUGAGUUUAGCAUUUAGACAUUAGGGCCAUUUAUACGAGGAAAAAUAAGACGCGUCUUACAUAAGAGGCGUCUUAAUUAAGACGCGAACUUUCCGUAUAAACGGCACAUUUCGUCUAAAAUAAGACACGGCUAAGCUAAGACGCGACUUAUUAGAUAAGACAUGCUCGUAUAAAUGGUACAGUUCGCGUCUUAUUUAAGACGCGUCUUAUUUUUCCUCAUAUAAAUGGCCCUAUUAUUUUAAUACAGUGAUGCGAUGUCAGACUUCGUAAUCUGUGACGGAUACGAUAGUUUAUAUAUCCUGAAUGUUUUUCAGGCUUUAUUUUUGAAACUGCUUAAGUUGCGUUCCCAACUGCCCUGACCUUAACCUGAGAUCAGGCUCUAUAUUCGUUUUGCUUUGAAAAUUACAUUCCGGCGGGCAUGGCGAAACGAAAAGAGAACCUGGGCGCGAUCCAUUCAACCAAAAUUCCAACCGGUCCGACCGGGAAAAUUGGGGCGCGAUCCAUUCAACCAAAAUUCCAACCGGUCCGACCGGGAAAAUUGGGGCGCGAUCCAUUCAACCAAAAUUUCCGGAAAUUUCGGUCCAAAACUCUAUGGAUCGGUUCGGUCCAACCGAAAAAGUUUCGAAAAAGCGGGUCCACCUGUUGAGGUGGACCACUUUUCCCGGUCGGACCGGUUGGAAUUUUAGUUGAAUGGAUCGCGCCCUUGGUCCACCUCAAAAGGUUUCUGGUACCUUUCCAUACAUGAAACGGCAGUAUACCGGUAACGAGAAUUGUGAAAUAUUAUGUAGUACACAGUGAAGGUUGACAUGUCAUAAGACUUGAACUGUAUUUGAACUGUAAGAUUUGAAUCGUAUCAUCCUAGGAGUUUCUGUUUCCUCACAGGUCCAAUAGCGUGGUAUAUAUGUAGUGAGAUCUCCAGUAGAACUUUUGAAUUGUUACUGGGCUGCCCGGCAAGCCCAGUCAUAAAUUCGGUUUUCGGUCGUCUGUGCAGAAAAACGGCCUCCCGGGGGAGGGAAGACACGAGGGUCUGGUACCGAGAAACGAUGUUCUCACAAUUGGUUUCAUAUGAUUUUCUCUUGCACGGACUCUUGCACGAAUACUUUUUGUACCUCGUCUCCGCUCCCCCUGGAAAACCCAGAAGGCGUUGCGAACCUGAAGAAGGCUAUUUGCGUUGUUCGAAGCGAUUCGAUCAUAGGAGGCACUUUAUAAGUUUUGUCAUUGUUCGAGUUUAAGUCAGUUGAUGAUGUUGGUGCUGGGAAACUCAGAGAAAUGCUCACGCUGCAUACAAACCCACACGCCGUUCACGGUAGUUUCACACCAAAAGAUGACUGUGAGCGUCAGUUUUGGAACGCCGGGGCAGUUUCGUGAACUCAAAGAGAGAAUUAUCGAUCGAUGUAGUACAUGAACAAUUAAUAAGCACAAUUUAUGAGCGAAGUAUUUCACCAGUUGACGACACUGUGGUUAAAGACUUGACUGUAAGCUGUCGUACUCACUGAAGCGAACAACUCAGUUGCCGACGAAUGUCAGAUGAAUCCUGAUGUUAAGAAAUGAACGUCCAUGAGCGAGGGACGUGACAACUUUGCCAUAUUAAAAGACUGGCUUUUCCUUUUACUAUUUCCUUCUAUUUUUAUGUAACACACGCCACUUUGGAGGUCUAUAUUUCGUAUACUGGGGAUAAAGAAGACACGGACAAAAAUAGGAACUUUGAGAAUUUCGUACACAAGUUCAAAGCUUCACCGGGACAUCCCAACGGGAGCUUCACAAAGACCAACUUGAGGAAAAUGGGGGAUAUUACCGACGAGGUUUGGUGACUGAGUAGAGCAUACAAGUGUAGCCCAGGUCGAGGUUUCAAGGGGUUUGCUUUUGUUUGUAUCUGUAUCUUGCUUAGCUUUUAUCUUUAAAUUUGUACAUGAUCUUCUUAUCACCGGCAGUUCAGUGUUUUCACCCAUUCAGCAAGCACGCUAUAUGGAUGUCAGCUAGCCGAUUAGCGAGUUUCAGAAAACAUGCCUUCGAAAAUUUUCAGCUAUCGUGAUGUUUUUUGAUAUUUCUUCUACCAUUUUAUGGAGAUGUAAUCUGAAGUCACCGCAAAAUGGAAACUUAAAAAAGCGUGUAAUCCAUUUAUCUCGAAACAUAAUACACGACUUAUACGACCUUUAUUUUCCUAAUGGUGUUUUGAAUACCAACGAACACAGUCAAUGUGAGGGGCAAAAACAGCAUUAAUAUGAAUGAACCAUAGGGUUUUAAUUAAUAUAAGGGUCAAUUAUUGUGCAUUCAGAUGAAUUUCUUGAAAAGAGAGACUUCGCUUGAAGAUGUGAUCAGAAGUAAACAAAGGACAAUAGUGCGUCACGUUCAGUCUUUUUAAUAUCCAAGGACUGUGAAUAGUGUUUCCAUAUUGUUUAGCUGGCACAAAAACUUCGGAGGAGAUAUAAAGCGGCAUAGUUAUCUUUCAUGAAGAAAAGUUAGUCAUGGGUAAGACGCAAACAGUGAACUGGAGUGAAUUUUUAACUCAUAUCGGUAUCAGGUAAAAAAUAUCUUAUCGAUCGUUUCAUCAAUUUACAUUGUUUGAAGUGCGUGCUGAUAAAAGCAACAUGCGAGCGAGAAAUCAUUAAACUUUUUAAGGUCACAAAAUACAAAGGAUUUUAUUCCUUUCAGUUAGAGAAAAAUACCAAGAGGAAAGUCUUAAAACUGAAUACUUUUUAUCUUGUGGAAAAAAAAGGUUCGUUUUCAUGUAGUGUGGACCGCAAAUUAGGAUCGUCUAUGACUUUUUACUGCACGUUUCACAAACAUGCGAAUUCUAAAGUUCAAAAGCCAAUCGACGAUUGCGUUUUUCGCUGCUGUCAAUCAUCUUAACGGUUCUCAGGAAACUCAACUUUACUUCACGGGUUCAAAAGGUCACGGUUUGUGAUUUGUGAUUUGUGAGUGGUGGAUUUCGAUCCGUUUUGUGUGUUUCUCUGUUUCAAGGUUCGUUGCUUGUGAUCGUAAUUAUGAUUGACGGCAGCGAAAAACGCAAUUGUGAAAGUGGCUUUUGAACUUUAGAGUUCGCAUGUUUGUGAAAAGCUCAGUAAAGUCUCAAUGCAGUCUGUGAGGCUCCUGGAUUAGGCGGGAUCAAUGGACAGUUGGCUGUCUGUUUUAGUAUACUUCUGGUUUUCAUACAAUACAAUAUUUCUGUCUAGUGUAAAUCAGCUCAGUCUUUCGCCUUUUACACUCGUAGAACGACAAUAAUUUUUGGAAUUUCCGGUUACGUCAAAUUAGUCACGUUGUACUGUCACGCUAUAUUUUGGGGCACAGAGGGAUUGGGGGAGGGGUGCGUGAAAAUAAUGCAAAUCGUUUCCUGCUUUGAAUUAAUGGCUGACUUGUUUAUUUUUAUUCAUAAUGGUGGAAUUUAAAAGUUAUUAUACAGCCCCCACUUAAAAAUGGUAUUCUUUUUUUUUGUUGUUACAAAAGUCUUUCAAAAGGGUGCAAUGUUCUGAAUGAGUUUCAGUCUCACUUGAGAUUCUGUCUCACCCAGUAGUCGGCGACAAGGUUUUAUGGUCGCCUGAGUGUCAGUGAUAGCCGCCCCGUUCCCUCAGAAAAAAUAGCCCCUUUGCAGCCCAGUUAAAAAUCGCCUGUCGACGAUUCUUGCUCAGAAAUAAAUUAUUACAUCAUGUGAAAUAGAGACAACGCCGCAGAGCAGAAUUAAAAAUUUCACUUCGGUUCAUCUUUAAUUCUUCCAUCACUUUCACGCAAUGCACAAUGCAAUGUCCAAGACAAAACAAUAGCUCCUGCGACCACACUAGGCACCCUUAACUGCUGUUUAAAAAUGCGAGAGACGGUUUUAUAAACCGCGCUAUCAAAAUAACGCAAGACAAUAGAUGUAGGUAUCUCGCGGGGUACAUGUAACGAAGGUUAACGUUAAUCAGUAAAUCAAUCGAGCAUCUCCGCCUAAACGUGAAAAUUUCCCAAAUGUUGACUUUUAGAAAUACUUCGUUCCCCAAAUCUCUUUUUAUUAACACACUCCGGGAUUGCUCAUGAAACUAACCCGAUAUACUUUUAAUCAGUAAACACCAAGACAGGUUAUCCUCUCUUGGUAAACACUUUAUUAGCCACCACCCCAGCCAGUUCUAGAGGGGGAGGGUGUUUCCUUAGGAACUGAUUAGCUCAAAUGACCACCGAACUUUAAUAAUUAUUCGAUCUAAAAGAAAUACAUUUAUAAUUCGCAAUCAGAACAAAUCAUCUUAAUCUCGUAGCUAAAGCAAACUUACUUCUGUGGCGGGUCGUUACAACAAUCGCACUUUACAGGUUAGCAAAUUCUUUUAACAGAUUCUUCAGGUAAGCGGAUUUAUAGGCAUACUGUAAAUUAUUUUCUUUCUCACUUCGAUUCUACUGAAAAACUGGUUUGAAACACAAUAAGUUAAUACAAUUCUUGUCAUCAAAUAAAUCUAUUCAAUAACGGGCAACGCUUGUUUGAUAAACGAAACAGAGGGGAGACCUCGCGCACCUUGCAUUUCCAUUUCCACCGUUUUAUUCCUUGGCUUCAUACCCUUACCCGUCUUUUGACAAAUAAUAUUUAUUUUUUUUCUGUAAUUUUCCUUCUUCGCCCACCUCUCACCCCUUCAUAAUUCCCUCCUAUCGUCCUCUUAUUUCCCGCCUUCUGUACCCCUCUAACCCCUUAUUUCUUCGAGCUACCCCAUCCCUGUCGUCGUUUUUCUAGGUCAUCGUUUUCUAGGUCAUCGUUUUCUAGGUCUUCGUUUUCUAGGUCGUCGUCUUCUAGGUCGUCGUUUUCUAGACACCCGUCUGUUACCUUAAGCCACCAGCUUUAUAAUAAUGCCUACACUGAAAAUGCCUUGAACAGCGAUGCAAUAUUUUUCGUCUAAUACUUCACAGUUGGCGAUUGAGGUUUCUUUCACGGUGAGCCUCCGCUUGCGUACCCUGUUCCGAGAAGUCAUUCGCGGCUAAACUUUUAAAUGAAACCAGUUUUAAGAUGGACAGUAUUUUGAUUUGCACUCGUUUGUUGGUAAAUGAAAAGGCACCUUGUUAGCGGUCAACAACUUGCAGAGGGAUUCAACUCCGCGAUACACUCACUUUCCGUAAAUAAAGCAAAUACUGAGAAGAUAUGAACAACCAUAUGAAUUUUCUGAAUUUCCAUGGCACGUAUUAAGGCAUAUUUUCCUACCAUACGACCAUAAAACAAUAAAAAAGACAGCAAAGUCGAUCCUUUUCUCCACCGACGACGGAUCAUUCACGAAAACAACCACGCGAGGAAUAAGCGCUUUCAACUUCCGGCGUUUCUGACAGUCAAUCAGCGUUACGGCCAAAAUCUGGCCGUAACGAGCACAAGCGUGAAUGAGUUUGGAUCAGGCCCAAUUUUAGCGGUAGCCGUUAGAGAGAAUGUAUGAGAACCGGCCUGAUCUCAGGUUACCCUGAUCUUUGAUGUAGUAAGUAUAUUUUUCUUCCGCAGUUCAAACUUAUGAUGUUUCAGUCAUUUAUACUACUACAUGAAAAAUUUCUGCGAUGUGAUUGACUUAGAGCAGUGGUAUUUCAGCUUAAUUUGAAAUUCCUACAUGUGAAAAUUACAAACCUUUUGCGGGUAGUAGUAUAAACAAAUAAUAGCAUGAUUUGUGCGUGAUAUUUGCAGGGUUGUCAAUAAGGGCCGGUAGCUGGCCAAAAUCGCCGGCUAGUUAGCCAUCCUUGGCCAGCUACUUUCAUCUCCUUAUCUACCAUAACUGCUAACCAAAAAUAAGCGUCAUCAAAUAAAAAUGAUUGUAAAGCAUCCGUUUCCCAGUUUUGAAUGGCAUUGAACGCAUAUUCUAGCAGGUUUAGAUCUGUAACACGUUCGAACUGUGCAAUGUCUUGGAACGCCUGGGACAUUUCUACGGCAUUGUUCCCAGUCUAGCGUGUAUUCUUACGAAACAACAUGGCGUCUACGGUGGAAAAUACCUCUUGAAAACCUCUGGGAACGCCAUUUCCGAGAUUAUAAUUUUCAAAAUGCCCCUAGAUGUCUCGGCCCUCAAGAACUUGUGCCUUUGGUCCGAGUUCCAAAGCAACCUACUAUUCAUUUUGAGCCUGCUACUUAAAAACUUUUUGACAGCCCUUGAUAUUUGGCAUAAAAACCACUCGUGAUAUUUCAACAUUGUCCCAAAUUUCACUUGCCUAACGGCUCGUGAAAUUACGUAUAACAAUUUCGAAAUAUCACUCGUGGUAUUUAUGCCAAAUAUCACUACAAAUCAUGCUAUUACCUAUACAUAUUCACUUGCUCGGAACUCACUGUUAAUUAAGCAGUAAUGGGGAAACUGAUACACUAAACCAGUUGUGCAGAAAAUUUUGCUGCGUUUGCAGAAAUACAAGAUUCCGUGUUCCUAUUGGUAAUUAAAACCAUUUUGCAUUUAUAAGCCUCGCAAUAAAAGAAUGUUGCUUCAUCCGGUAGAUCUACACUAGGUACUAGGGGUUAAUUUAAUUGCGUGACGAAAUACUGUUAUUUGUUUCUUAUUUUCAAAUGGUUUUUCAAAUGCCCUUUGUGACUAACGAAGAUGUGAGUCACGUGAAAACAUCAUGAUCUUUUUAAAAAUCGGGUUUCUUGUUUUCGUUCGUCACUCUAUAUUAUAAGUUACAUCUCAUCUUAUGCCUGUCUUCAAAUUAUUUCUUGAGACUAUUACCUGAAAAUUAUUUCUUGAUUGUCAUACAUUUGGCUUCACGAUCGUUUCCAUUUACCAUAGGUGAGACAUCCUCCUUUUCACUAACAAAUACUAGAUGUUGUUCCAAGUUCCUGGCAGAAUAAAUGAAAAUAGUUCCUUGAUUUUCAUUCUCAUUAAACAGGAACGUCUUACCAUGGAGAAAGUGGAGAAAAUACUUGAGGCCUUAAAACUCUCCAAGGAAGCCGGAAACAAAGAAGCAGAAGGGAAUUCUUAUAUCGACCUCGGGAGCGCCUACCACGAUCUCGGUCAACAUGAAAAAUCCAUCGAGUAUUUUGAAAAAUCUCUUUCGAUUUGCAGCGAAACCGGAAACAAAGCUGGAGAAUUGAGUACAUGCCGCAAGCUUGGAAGUGCCUAUGGUUCUCUUCACAAGCAUAAGAAAUCCGUCGAGUAUUUCGAGAAAGCGCUAUCGUUAAGCAAGGAAGUUGGAGACAGGGGAGAAGAAGGGAAAGCGCACAGAAAUCUUGGUGCCGCAUUCUUUAGUCUUGGUCUGCCCGAUAAGUCGAUUGAGCAUAAUGAAAAUGCACUUAUAAUCAGUGUAGAAAUUGGCAACAAAAGGAAGGAAGGAAAUUCAUACAACGCAUUUGGUCAAGUGUAUUACUGUACUGGUCACUAUGACAAGGCGAUAUUUAACUUCGAGAAAGAGCUGGAAGUAAGACAAAUACUAGAAGACAAACGCGGCCAGGGGCGAUCUUACAAUCUUCUUGGCGAUGUUUAUCAUGCUCUCAGUCAGUAUGAGAAAUCCAUCGAUUGCCAAAAGAAAGCUCUUAAGAUAAGCGAAGAAACCGGAGACAAGAAAGUGGAAGGAGAUGCCUACAACAGCCUCGGCGACGUGUACCGUGCUCUUGGCGAAUAUGAUAUAUCGAUCAGGUACUUGGAGAAAGGUCUUGAAAUAAGCAAGGAGUCCCGCAAUAAGCCAGGAGAAGGAAUGGCCUACAACAGUCUUGCCACACUGUUUCUUGCCCUUAGUGAAUAUGAGAAAGCGAUCGAUAACUGUACGAAGGGUCUUGAAAUUUGUACAGAGGUAGGAAACACACGCGCGAAAAGCAAAUGUUACAGCAACAUUGCUACAGCAUAUCAUGCUCUUGGUCAAUCCGAAAGGUGUCUGGAGUAUUAUGAAAAAAGUCUCGACAUCGCCCAAUCGCUUGGAGACAGACAGGGAGAAGGAACAAUGUACAAUAAUCUCGGUACAUUGUUUUAUGAUCUUAGCCAAUACGAGAAAUCGUUACACUAUUACCAGAAAGCAAUUGAGGUCCACAAAGAAAUAGGAGACAGACAAGGACAAGGAACAGCUUACCUAAACCUCGGUGACGUACAUGAUGCUCUUGCUAAUCAUCAAGAGUCACUCGACUUUUUACAGAAAUCUCUUGAAAUCAGUCAAGAAAUCGGGGAUAAACGGGCUGAAGGGGCGUCUUACAGCAGCAUUGGAAGUGUGUAUAAUUCCCUUGGCCAGUUUGAGAAGUCCAUUGAAUAUCAGACGAAAGCCCUUAAAAUCUAUGAAACGAUUGGGGACAAGCAAGGGCUGGGAGACUCGUACAACAAACUAGGUAGCGUGUACAGUGAUCUCCAACAGUACCAAGAGGCAUUGGCUUGCUACGAGAAAGGACUUGAGAUAAGAAAAGCGAUCGGUAACAAACACGGACAAGCAGCAUCCUACAACAACUUUGGCAGCGUCUACUGCGAGCUUGGCCACUACGAGAAAUCAAUCGAGAAUCACGAGAAAGCGCUGGUUAUCAGGAAAGAAACUGGCGACAAACGAGGGGAAGGGACAUCUUACAACAACCUCGGUAGUGUAUACAGCAAGUUACAGCAGUAUGACAAAGCAAUUGAUUAUUUCAAGAAAAGUCUCGAAAUCAGUGCAAAAAUUGGCAAUAAGCUGGGAGAGAUGGCAUCCUACAGUCACCUGUGUCUUGUAUGGUACGCUCGUGAGCAAUAUGAAAAGGCGAUUGAGUGUGAAGAAAAAGCACUUGCAUUAAAAGAAGCCAUUGACGACAUACGUGGAGUAGUUAUCUCGUGCGUCAAUCUUGCAAGUAUUUACCAUGCACUUGGUCAAUAUGAAAAAUGUAUCGGGCAAUUUAAGAAAGCUAUUCAAGUCAGCGAAUCCACGGGUGACAAGCAACAACAAAUACAAUUGUACAGCAGUCUCGGUGAUGUGUGUAAUGCUUUGGGACACAAAGAGCAGGCACUAGAAUUUCACGAGAAAACCAUCAAAAUCUGCAGAGAAGUUGGAGACAGAAAAGCAGAGAGUACCUCCUAUCACAUCUUGGGAAGUAUUUGCCACGCCCUACACCAGUUUGACAAAUCUAUCAGCUAUUAUAAAUCCAGCCUUGAAAUUCUGAAGACCCUUGAUGACAAACAUGGCGAGCAUAAAACACGCAGUGCUCUCGCUAAUGUGUAUGAGGCUCUAGGCCAGCAUAGAGAAGCGAUUGAGUGCCACAAGGAAGCCCUCAAAAUCGGCGAAACACUGUGUGACAAGGAGAAAGAAGAAUCAUCAUGUAGCAAGCUCAGUUUUCUGUAUAAGGCUCUUGGCCAGUACGAUAAAUCUAUCAAAUACAGAGAGAAUGCUCUGAAAAUCUGUAAAGCUCUGGGAUAUAAACCAGCAGAAGGAAGAUCGUACGAGCUUCUUGGUAUCUUGUAUCAAGCUGUCGGUCAGUUUGAGAAGUCGAUUGAGUGCGCAGAGAAGGCAAUUGAAAUCUUUAGAACAACUGGUCGCAGAGGGGCUGAGGGAAGAUCAUACAGCCAGCUCGGAAAUCUCUAUUUUGAUACUGGCCAGUAUGAGAAGGCUGUUGAAAAUCAUAAGAAGAGUCUUGAAAUCCGGGAAGCCAUUGGUGACAAGAAAGGAGAGGGAACCUCCCACAACAAUUUAGGCUCCGCAUAUUGUGCACUCAAUCAGAUCAAGAAGUCUAUUGAAUCCUGUCAUAGAAGUGUUGAAAUCAGGAAAGAAAUUGGCUACAAAGAAGGGGAAAUAACGUCCUACAAUAACCUCGGUAUGGUUUAUCUACAACUUGGCCAUCAUGAAAAGUCAAUUGAGUGUCAAGAGAAAGCGCUUGAAAUCAGCAGGGAAAUUAAAGACAAACAAGGAGAAGGAACGUCAUACAGCAACCUUGGCACUGUGUAUAAUGCUAAAGGGGAAUAUGAGAAGUCGCUUGGGUACGAAAAGAAAGCACUCGCGAUCUAUAAAGAUGUUGGCGAUAAAGUGCAAGAAGGAACUUCUUAUAACAACCUUGGUAUAUUAUAUUACAUUUUUGGUCAACAUCAGAACUCCGUUGACUGCUUCGAAAGGGCUCUCAACAUCAAGAAAGAAUUCGGGGACAAAGCAGGGCAGGAAUCUUGUCACAGCAGCCUGAGCCUUUUGUAUAGUACUGCCGGCGAGUAUGAGAAGGCUAUUGAGAAUCAAGAAGAAGCCCUUCAAAUUUGCUCGGCAGUCGGCAAUAGAGAAGGGGAGUUACGAUCUCACGAUGCUCUUGGUACUGCAAAUUAUUUUUUUCGCCAUUUAGAAAAAUCAAUCCAACACCAAGAGAAAGUGCUUGAAUUCAGUAAGGAAGUUGGAGAUAGGAAAAGAGAAGGAACAUCUUACAGUAAUUUAGGCACAAUCUAUCAUGCUCAGCAACAAUUUGUGAAAUCGGUUGAGUAUCAAGAGAAAGCUCUCAACAUCUUUAAGGCGAUUGGAGACAAACAUGGAGAAGCAGCAUCAUGCAGCAACCUUGGCAUUACUUGUUGCGCCCUUGGUCAGUAUGAGAAGUCCUUAUCGUAUCAUGAAAAAACGUUGGGGGUCUGUAAAGAGAUUUGUGACACAGGAGGAGAGUUGAGAUCUUACAAAGGUCUUGGCAGUGCUUAUCAUCUUCAGGGCCAACUGGAGAAGUCUAUCUUGUGUUACACAAAAAUUCUGGAGGUCAGCAAAGAAAUUGGAGACAAGCAAGAAGAAGUAGCAUCCUACCAGAAUCUAUACACCUUGUUGAAUGCACUUGGCAAACGCGAGGAAGCUGCCAUUUACCUGGAGAAAGCGCAGAAGAUCAAGAACGAUUCUGGAGAGAGACAACAGGAAGAUAAAUAUGACGAACGACCUGCUCAAUGUGUGUACUACGUUUGCGAUCUUUACAAAAAAUCUAUUGAACCUGGAAAAUGUUCUAGUGGAAUCAUCGAUGCAGUCAGAGGAAUAGAUCCUAUUCCGAGGGGAUCUGGCGUGCAAAUUGAGAUGUCGAUCAAAUAUCACGAGAGAGAAAUGGAAAUCAGGAGAGUAACAGGUGACAAACGGGGAGAGGGAAGAUCCUGUCGCGCUCUUGGAUACGAUUACAUCACUCUUGGCCACUAUAAGACAUCUAUUGAAUAUUUCGAGAAAGCACUUGACAUAGGCGACGUAAUUGGCAGCAAGAAAGCUAAGGCUCACUCCUACAGUGGCCUUGGUAAUGUGUAUCUUGCUCUUGGCCAGUACGAUAAAGCUCUAAAGUAUCAGGAGGAAUCAUUCAAAAUUGAUGAGGAGAUCGAAGACAAGAAGGGAAAAGGAGCAUCCUUCACGAACCUGGCAGGCAUAUACCGUGCCUCUGGCCAAUAUGAAAAAGCAAUUGAAUAUCAAAACAAGGCGCUCGAAAUCUGCAUUGAAAUACAAGACAGGAAAGGGGAGGCUGUAUCAUACAACAAUCUCGGUAGCAUGUACAAUGCUCUUGGCCAAUAUAAUUCCUCAAUACAUUUUCAGGAGAAAGCUCUUAAAAUCAGAAAAGAAGUAGGCGACAGAGAAGGAGAAGGAAUUUCAUAUGUCAACCUUGGCAAUGUUCAAUAUGCUCUUGGCCAGCAUGAGAAGGCCAUCAACUACCUGGAAAGAGGACUUGAAAUCUUCAAAGAAACUGGAUUCAAGGGAAAAGAACACCUUGUUUUAUACGGCUUAGCCAUGAGCCAUUUUCACGAGAAAAGUUUCUCAAAAGCUUCCGACUAUUUCUUUGGAAGCAUUAAAGGUCACGAAAAUGUAAGAAAGUCUCUUAAAGAUGAAGACAAGCUUUCAUUAGAUGAUCAAAGCAUUUCAUUUUACAAGGGACUUACCUUGAUGUUGAUUUCUCUUGGAAAGGUAGAUGAUGCACUCUGCACAGCCGAACGAGGACGAGCUCGUGCACUUGUAGACCUGAUAUUCUCUAAUUUCGGAAUCCAGGAGAUCAACAAAACAAAUGAAUUUACUUUGAGCUCGUUACCAAGCCUCUUAGAAAAACAGCGAAGUGAUUUUCUUUUCAUGGGCAUCAUAAAGAAGCAAAUCUAUCUCUGGUUUAUGGAAAAGGGUGGCAAAAUAAACUUCAAGAUUGGAACAGAGCUGUCAGCAAUUGAGAAAGAAGGAACGUCUUUGCAAGAUUUGGUAACGAGCACUUUGAGAUCCUUGCCAAAAGACGACAAAGAAGAAUACGAAGACAGAUCACUGUCAGAAAUCUAUGAAGACGAAUCGUCAAUAGCAGAGGAGCAAAGUGAAGAAACCAGUCAGCACCAUUUCCGGGGUAACGAAGAAGAAGAAAGAGAGGCCAAUCUAAAGAAAUUAUACCAAAUGAUAAUUGCGCCUGUUGCUGGUCUCAUCCAAGGUCCAGAGAUUGUCAUAAUCCCAGAAGGAGGAUUGUUCUUGGUCCCAUUUGCAGCCUUGCAAGAUUCCAGUGGAAAGCACUUGUCCCAAACCUGUCGAAUUCGCCUCAUUCCCUCUCUGACAUCGCUUCAGGUCAUUCAAAGUUUCCCAGAAAAUUACCAUUCUCAAACUGGGGCACUGAUUGUGGGAGAUCCGACGGUUGGCCUUGUAGAGUUUGAUGGAAGAGUUGGAGUUUUGAAACCUCUACCAAAUGCCAGAACUGAAGCAGAUAUGGUAUGCCGGUAUGUUAGGCCACCAUACUUUAAGCUCAUUGGAGAGCAAGCCACUAAGGGUGAGGUGUUAAAAAGAAUCCAGGACGUAGGGUUGGUGCAUAUUGCAGCCCACGGUGAUGCAGAGAGAGGAGAAAUUGCCCUUGCACCAAACGUACGUGCCACGGAAGUUGUAAAAAAGGAAGAUUUUAUGCUGACAAUGGAGGACAUAGCAAACGUCGGUAUAAGGGCCAAGCUGGUAGUACUCAGCUGCUGCAAUAGUGGUCAUGGUAAAAUCAUGACAGCCGAGGGAGUUGUCGGAAUAGCUCGGGCGUUUCUUGGAUCUGGUGCUCGCUCCGUUCUGAUGUCAUUAUGGCCUGUUAACGAUGCAGCUACCAAAGUCUUCAUGAACGUGUUCUACAGGAGUUUAAUGCGCGAACAAAAGAGUGCAAGUGAGGCUCUUCACCUGUCUGUUAAGAAGUUAAGAGAGUCUGCAAUUUACAAACAUUUCAGGCACUGGGCUGCUUUUGAACUUCUUGGAGAUGAUGUCACAUUUGAUUGA